AAAUUUCCCACUAUUUUUGUGAAGAAUUACGGCCGGCUGUUAUAAUCCACUAGUUUUAAUUGUUGUUCGUUUGCUGUCACUUCCGGAACCUGGUUUGCCUUGUGUUAUGUGUGGAAUUGUAUGUAAUAAUUUCAAUGGAUAUUAGACGGUGGUAAUGUUACGUGUAAUAAGCCAGCUGUUGUAAUAACUUUCCAUUUAAUUGUGCUACUAAGUUUUUGACGACCUUUUUAACAUAUUAAAUUAUUUAGUUUGCGUAUUAACAUUGCGCGAGUUCGACGUCCAACCGCUCUUUUAAGUGAUAACUUCGUGUAAUUUCUAGAUUUAAUUACUCUUUUUACAACUAAUAAACUAAUCAUGAAAAAUCUCAUUCUACCUGCAGUUAUUGUGGCUUUAGUUAUUUCAAAUAAUGUUAACUUUGGUGUUAAUGGAAUUGAAGGAGAUACAGAUCUUAAUGAUUUAAAAGACACUGUUAAAAAGAAGAUAGAAUCUUUGCCUAUUGAUGAUAUACCUAAUAUAGACCAAUUAAAUUCUUCAAUUCCUUCCCUUGAAGAAGGUAUGGAAUUGAUGAAGGAAAAAUGUUUGAAAAACAGUGCGAACAACAACUCAUUUGAACUAGUCAAGGAAGCUGAAGGAGAGUUUAAGUUAUGCAUGAAAUCAUUGGUAAAUGUUAAAGAAUUACAGAAAGAAAUAGAAACCCAAAGACCGACUGGUAAAUUAGAUGAAGUGUUCAAAAAAUACUGUUCAAAAAAAAAGGAUUUUCAAAAUUGUAUAUUAAAUUUUACUUCAACAUUAGAUGCUUGUUGGGAUGAAGGUGAACGUGCUACUAAAAAAAUCCUCCAAAAUGUUACUGAAGCUUUGAUGGAAUUUAUUUGCCAUGAUGAUGGAGACAGAAUAGCUUUAUUUUACUCAGAAAAAGGCCCAGAAUGUUUAAAUGAUAAACAAGAAGCCAUUCAACAUUGUUUAAAUACAUCAUUCAGUAGAUAUACACCAAAUGGUGUUGGUAAUCUGUCUGAUUUACCAUCAUUUAGUUUUGAAGAAAGUCAAUGCAAGAGUUUAACCGAACUUCAAAAUUGUGUUGUUAUUGAGUUAGAAAAAUGUAAAGAGCCUACAUCAGCUAAUUUAAUAGGAGCUUUGUUUGAUUUUAUCCGUCGAGAAACCCCAUGUAAGCAAUUUAGUUCUAAUGGAAGUUUCAUUGCUCAAUCAUCAGUCUUUGUAAUGGCACUUUCAAUUUUAGUAUUUUUAUUGAGACUAAAUUGAUACUGAUCAAUUUUAUAGACUUAUAUAUAUUUUAUAAAAUUUUAAAACAUCAAUAUGUAUACAAAUAUUACCUUAAAUCAAAAUUACCAACCUACUUUUAGAAAUAAAAUAUAUGUCCUAUAUUUUUAUUUUAGUUUUCAAACUAAAUAACUAUAUAUAAUAGCCUUUAUUGUGAUUUAUUCUAUUAAAACUUAAUUUAUUUUAAUUUAUUUAUAUUGUAAUCAUACAGCUAUUUUUACAAGAAAAAAAACAAAUCAUAAUUUUCUCUGAAAUAAUUUUUUUAUUUACAAUAUACUUAAAAUGAAUAAUUACAAAUAAAAUAUAUUAGUGUAAAUGUAUAAGUUUAUUUUGAUUUUUUGUUAAUAUAAUUUAUAAUUGUCUGGUUUUGGUAUUUCAAUUUCAAAAAGCUAUUUAGGAAAAACAAUUUUAGUUUUAUUUUUUUUUUGAUAUGUGUAUGUUUUUACUUUAAUAUCUGUAAAAGAAAUCAUUUAAAUUAGCUUAUAUUAAUACUUAGUUUAAAUUUAUAAAUAUUUUAAUUGUGGUAAAAAUGUUAAAAUCUAUUUAUCAAUCAGUUUUUGCAUUUUUUUAAUCAAUUUUAAUUGUGAUUUUGGAUUUUGUUAAAAGUUUAACUAUAUAAUUGAGAUAUAGUAUAUUGUUAGCAGUUAUUCAAUAAAAUUAUAUUUUUUUUUUUAA